CGAUUGCCCAUGUCUCGUGUGCGAGCCGGCGAGGCUGCGUGGGCCAAGAUGCCUAAAGUGAAUGCGGAGUUCUUCGCGCUGACGUAUGGCGCUGUCGUAACCCAGCUCAUCAAGGACUUCGAGGACUUGAAGGAAGUGAAUUCGCAGCUUGAGAAGAUGGGCUACAACAUUGGCAUCCGUCUCAUUGACGAAUUCCUUGCAAAGUCGGGUGUCGCGGCGUGUGCGGACUUCAAGGAGACCGCUGACGUCAUUGCCAAAGUCGCGUUCAAGAUGUUUUUGGGCAUCAACGUCGACGUCGCACCCACAGACAUGCCCAAUGUCUGCUCGCUCGUGCUGUACGAGAAUCCGUUCUCUGAGUUCGUUGAGCUCCCGCCCCAGGCACACGGUGUCCUCGCGUACUCCAAUAUCCUGUGCGGCGUCCUGCGCGGUGCCCUCGAGAUGGUCCAAAUGCGCGUGGAAGCCAAAUUCACCAAGGACACACUUCAGGGCGACGACGUGACGGAGAUCCGAUUGGAGCUCAAGGGGAUGAUCGAAGAGGCAAUGGGCGACGAGUACAAGGAAGAGUAGGAGAUGACUUCGCGUCGGUCCCACGCACCAUCCCGCGUGCCAAGGUGAUACGUAGGUAGUCUCUACAUCACAACAACAAGCAUCGAGAACGAGGAGAUUGCUUCACCGCGCACA